CGACGCCCGACGGGUGAAUAACUUUCUACAUACCAAUAGAGAGAAACAAAAGAAGUCGAGUUACCGAAGCCAACGACCUUACGGUCUCGAUCUACGCCGAGAGGACGAGGGAAGAAGCGAAGGCCAUGGCGACGCACCGCCACCGGACGAAGUCCUUGCUGCCCCUCCUGAUCUGGGUUUGGGCGCUCUCCGCCACCCACGCGGCCUCCGACGAGUUCCCCACCGACGGCACCGUCAUUGAGCUCGACGAAUCCAACUUCGACUCCGCCAUCUCGGCCUUUGACUACAUCCUCGUCGACUUCUACGCCCCCUGGUGCGGCCACUGCAAGCGCCUCUCCCCCGAGUUAGAUGCAGCUGCUCCAGUUUUAGCUGGGCUGGACAAACCCAUUGUGAUUGCUAAGAUAAAUGCUGACAAGUAUAGAAAGCUUGCUACCAAACAUGAAAUAGAUGGGUUUCCUACGUUGAAGAUCUUUAUGCAUGGUGUACCUAUUGAGUACACUGGUCCAAGGAAAGCUGAAUUGCUUGUUCGUUUUCUAAAGAAAUUUGUUGCACCUGACGUUUCUCUUCUCGAGUCAGAUUCUGCAGUUCAUGGUUUUGUCGAAGCAGCUGGCACACAUUUUCCUAUAUUUAUUGGCUUUGGCUUGGAUGAGUCUGUAAUUGUUGAACUAGCCAUUAAAUACAAGAAAAAAGCAUGGUUUUCUGUAGCAAAAGAUUUCUCAGAGGAAAUUAUGGUAGCAUAUGAUUUUGACAAAGUUCCAGCACUUGUAUCUCUUCAUCCAAAAUAUAAGGAGCAAAGUGUGUUCUAUGGUCCUUUUGAAGGGCAAUUCCUGGAAGAUUUUAUACGGCAAAAUCAGUUGCCUCUUACUGUGCCCAUUAACCCUGAAACACUCAAGUUGUUGACCAAUGAUGAAAGGAAAAUUGUGCUGACAAUUAUGGAGGAUGAGAGAGAUGAGAAAUCUUUGAGUUUGAUUAAAAUUUUGAGGGCAGCUGCAUCUGCAAAUCGUGACUUAGUUUUCGGAUAUGUUGGGGUCAAGCAAUUUGAAGAGUUCGUUGAUACAUUCGACGUCACUAGGAGUUUUAAAAUGCCUAUAAUGCUUGUUUGGGACAGGAAUGAAGACUAUCAUCUGGUUGUAGGUUCAGAAAGCCUAGAAGAUGAGGAUCAAGGGUCUCAGAUUAGUCGCUUUCUUGAAGGAUAUAGAGAAGGAAGAACGAUAAAGAAAAGAAUUAGUGGCCCUUCACUGAUUGGCUUCAUUAACUCACUAAUAAGCAUCAGAACAGUUUACCUUAUUGUCUUUGUGGUUGCUGUUCUUAUGCUUAUCCAAUACAUGAGCAGUCAAAGUGCAGAUGUUCCUCAGACGAGACAAACUCCAGCUGGUGAUGAAGGUGGAGACAGGUCUGCCGCAGAAAGUGAAAGCCACAGGGGUUAUCAACCAGGAGACAAGGAAGACUAGAGAUGAACUUUCAGUUCAUAACGUUCUGAUGCCCUUCUGCUCUAGAGUUUUGUUUUCAGCCUUUCUCUGGUUCUAACCAGUCACAUCUGAUGGUUACAGAGCCAUGGCAUUCCAUUAUAGAAAAACCAUCCUGAAACUUAAGUUGAUUGGGGUAGUAUGCUAGCAUGAUUCAAGAUGGUAUGUGGUAUUUUGUAGAACAAAUUUUAUUUUAAUUCCUCAUAUGAGCAUUUCUUUUUGGGCUUAA